UUUGCUAGUCAAACGUUUGCAGUGGUACCAAACACAGAUGCAACAAGGUCUUGUCUUCUUCUUUGUUAGAAAGCCUGGGUUUCCACUAGUUGCUUCCGCAAAAUGACCACCGCCAUGAAAGCCGGCUCGUUCCAGAUCAGUAGCAUCUCUUACGCAACCUCCACAAUAUUAAGCAGCAUUUUUCCAUUCUACUCCUGUUUCUAAUCGAAAAAGACGCACCUCUCGGGGUUUUGGCGGAGGAGGUGGUUCUAAGGGUUCCCGAAAGAGGCCUAAGAAUUAUACAAAAAGAUUCGGAAAAAUGCAUGCGAAGGAGACAUUAUUACGCAAUGCUAGUGCUUUUGCAGAGUGCCUAUUCCAGAGUUGGCGAGAUGAUGAUGAUAGCCAACCAUCUUCCAGUGAAGGCAACUCAUGGUUCAAAAGAUACUGGCCUAAGGAACCUAAGAAGAACUCAACUGGUUCCCAGGGAUCUCGAUGGGAAACUUAUAGGGGUAGAAGAGAAUUUCUUAAGUCCACCAAGCAAGCAAGCAAGCAAGCAUUGUAUUAUAUUUCAAUGCUCGCAUACUUAUGCUUUCUAAUCUUGUCGAGGGAAGGAGUCUUUCAAUUCUGCGACGCCAGCGAUGAAGAAGUUGAGACCAAAUUUGGAUCUGCUUUUCACAGUAGGAGCUCUCAGAAUACGAGAUACAGAUUUGAAGAUGACUAUGAAACCUAUGAAGAUUUCAGUGAUAGUUCCAACUCUUCCGCUUCUGAUUUAGCAUCCGACCGGCUAGCCCUUGGGUUGAGUGCAUUUGGUCCCCUAAAACUCAACGAUGUCAAAAACGCAUAUAGAUCGUGUGCCCUUAGGUGGCAUCCAGAUCGUCAUCAAGGUUGCUCAAAGGAUCUUGCAGAGGAAAAGUUUAAGCUCUGUAGUGCGGCAUACCAAUCUUUAUGUGAUAAAUUGAAUUAGAAAUAAUACAAUUUCUGAUCCUAUCAACUAAGCAUGAGUGCCUCCUUAAAAGAAUAGUUCUCUGUUCAUGGCCAACCACACCAACCAUAUACUGAAGUGACGCUGCAUAAAAUUGUUCUUGGCGGUUGUGAUCUUAUAAGGUCAUGCAUGGUGUAACACUUCGGUCAAAGGAGAAGGUGCCAUCUUCCAUCCCAUGCCAGUGAAAGCCAUUUUCAAUAUCUGAAUAUAAGAAAACAAGGUAUUUGAUUUUUCUUGUAAGGCUAUUCUGUUGGCAUUGUUAAUCUAGAUACACUGGUUUUAGUGGGAACUAGUAGAUCGCCCUUGCCAAUUGACCUGCCAUUUCGAUGUUUAAGUUUUAGCCUCAAAUCUGUGCUACCUUGAUAUUUGAGAAGCAACUCCCCCAAAACCUUGCCAUUCCAAGUUGCUAAAGAAAAAUUGAUGCCCUGGUAAUGUAUGUAACAUCAAUUUUCGAGUGUGUGCCAUUGUAUCUUGACAUGGCUACUAAAUUGGAUUUGCAUAGGGUCUAACAGUUUGCCUCUUAGGGUAGGAUCAGUCAUUCAUUCAGAACAAGUCAUGCGGAAGAAUUCAUAUCUGUUCUUGCCUUUUUGAAGACUGGGUAUUCCGGGGAGCUCAGUACCUUGGUUAUUUGAAUUUGUUUUUUUUAAUAAGGAUAAGUUAUUAGUGUUGGAUUUCUUGUCGAGUUGUUUCCAUUUUGUGAGGAAAUUUGCUCUGAAUUGUAUUAAAACUGACAGUUGUCCUCAUAGUUUACGAAAGAGAUGAGAAUUGUAUUAAAA